AUGGACAGUACAGCUCCACAUAUGUUAAUGGAUCCCGUAACAGACCACUUAUAUCCGGCAUUGUUUCAAUGUUUUACGAUAAUUGUUUGUGGGUAUAUUGCUGGCAGGUUGAACAUUGUGUCGAAAACUGAGUCAAAAGGCAUUGGUACAUUUGUGGGUACAUUUGCAUUGCCUUCCUUGAUAUUUUUGUCCCUUGCUCGAUUAGAUUUUACAACAGUAAACUGGAUGUUUCUCAUCGCAAUACUGCUGGCUAAGGGACUUGUGUUCUUUGGUGUUUUAAUUGUCUGCAUUUUAGUAUCCAAGCCUAUUAAUCUAGCACGAGCUGGUAUAUUUGCAAUUUUUUGCACACAAAGUAAUGAUUUUGCUUUGGGAUACCCAAUUAUCAAUGCAAUAUAUGAGAAAACACACCCGGAAUAUGCACUUUAUUUAUACUUAAUGGCCCCAAUAUCGCUAGCUAUAUUAAACCCUAUUGCUUUUGUGCUAAUGGAAAUAAAUAAGCAAAGAGAAAUUGAACAAGCUGAACCUAAUCCAAGCCAGAGGAAGAAAAUAAGUACACUGAAGAUGUUCUAUCAAAUAUUUAGAGGUGUCCUUCUAAACCCAGUUCUAGUGAUGACCAUUUUGGGUAUUAUUGGAAAUAUAGUAUUUAAACACAAACUCUCUAUUUAUAUUGAAGGCCUUUUAGAUGUUUUUGGACAAUCUUUCUCGGCCUCAGCUUUGUUUCUUUUGGGAUUACGGAUGGUUGGUCAGAUCACAAGAUUGAAAGGACCUGCUCUUAUUCUACCUUGUGUCUUAAUAAUGGUGAAACUAAUUGUACUCCCGGUGGUGAUGAGGGAGUGUGUCAGUGGAUUAGAUGCCGGUGUGAACGAUUCAGAUACACAAUCACUUUCAACAUAUGCUUUCUUAUAUGGUACCAUUCCAACUGCACCUGCUGUAUUUGUUUUCUCAAACUUGUAUCAGCUAGAGAUUGAUUUAGUCGCAUCCUCAAUGGUAAUUUGUACAUUUUUAUCUGCCCCUAUGACCUUCCUAUCAGCGGAAGUGAUUACAAUGAACAAUGAUUAUGCAGAUAAAAUAAAAGCGUUCGGCUUCGAUCUAUCGAUAGUCGCUCUGAUAGCGGCUGUUUGGGUGCUUAUCGUGUUCUCUGUCACUAAAAAAUACAAGAGGAUGCCGCAUAGGUUGACUCUGUGCUUGAAUUUAACACAGAUACUCCUAGCGAUAAGUGUAAUAUGGGGCGGGGCACAGAAGACCUUCACACCGAACUGGAGUACUAUAGCACAACAGUCGUUGCAAAUGUUCAGUAUCUACGCCUGCCUUCUAUGGACUUCUAUGUUAUCUGUUGGGCUGUUUAUGCUAGAGAGCCGUGGUCCAUGUUUUGUGGUGACCUUGUGGCCAGUGCUGGCGUUUGUGGCGUGGGGAGCUCCCGCAGUCAUGGUUGCAGCCCUUCUGAUCACCAAGCAGACUGGAACAACAAUAAGCGCUGACGCCUGCGACGCGAUAAGGCUCAGCCUUCUGUUCUUCUGUCUAACAGUGUCUACGGGCUGCCUUAUCUUGUACGUGAGGUUCAGACGCCGCAGCGCACAGUUUACGAGUAUCUCGGAGUCAUCAGAGAGUUCUCCGCCGGACGAGUCCACAAGCCUCGUGGACAAUGCCGAACCCGUUUCUCAUACGCAAUCCAUAUCUAACCAAAGCAUGGAAGAACCAGGUUGCUACGGGACUAUAACGGCGACACCAUCUCCUAAUAAAAAUACCUGUUGUAACAAUGAUCCGAAUUGUGGAAAUGGGCGUUUGGGCAAUGGACAAGAUAUUGAAGACAUCGCUGCCAGUGGAAAUAGGGAGUGUGCGUGUCCAGCAUCUCAGAGAAUACGAUGCAGCACAGCAGAAACGUGUCAAUACUUGAACGAGCUGGAACGAGCAGCGAGUACUCUGGGUUUGGUGCCACCAGAACAGAGCCGCGGCAGAGGCGGCCAGCUGCUACGGCACACAGUUCUCAUCAUCGCAUACAGUUUGACUAUGUUUAUCGGCGUGACAUAUACGACAUGGCGCGUUCUGCGUAAGGACCAGGCGGGCGUGUUCAUAGAGAUACAAUUCUUGGACACGGCUGCAGUCUACGGGCAGGCGUUGCUCAUGUUUGCGCUGUUCGGCCUCGACCCGGAAGAGAUCUUCAUACCAGCUGUUCGAUACUUCAAGAAGAAGUGGCAUGGCGCAGAUACGGUUGUCUUGCCGUCUGUGGAGGAACUAAGCUUCGAAACCAAACACGUCUGCGAUCAAUUCAUAACGCACCAUCUCGAACGUUGUAAGGAGGCGAUCGCAAAAGACACGAGAUGGCGCAUGCGUACGUACCACGGCGUUUUCCGCGGGUCGUGCUUAGUGCGAUGGCUGGUGUCGACCGGGUUAGCAUCAGAUGAACAACACGCAGUGACAUAUGGGCGACACCUUCUAGAUGGAAGACUUAUAUCUCACAUCAAUCGUGCGCAUCACUUUACAAAUUCACCGCUGUUGUACACAUUUGCAUAG